AUGCCUAGACGGUUGGACAAUGUCUCGCGAAUGGUGAGGGGCCAGAUUGGUAUGUCCAUGAACAAACUCAACUUAUUCAAUUUAUAUCGAAAACAACCCAUAAAUUAUUUGGGUAAGACUUUAUAUCAACAAAAAUGGGCUGCCAAAUCAGAAACCAGAUCGUAUCAUGGGGAACAUUUAAGGGAAAAACGAUUUAAAAAAGUAUUGUUUGAACCAGAAUUAAAGACUUUUUCACAGUUGGAUGCAUCUUUAAAAGGUGGUCAAGACAUAGCACAAACCCCAAUUACACUACAGACUUAUGCAACAUUGGAGAAGAGAUUAGAGUUUGCCUUAUUUCGUAGUAUGUUUGCAUCAUCAGUGAGACAAGCUAGACAAUUUAUUUUGGGCGGGUAUGUCAAAGUUAAUGGAGUGACUAUUAAGCAUCCUUCAUUCCCAUUAAAAAGUGGUGAUGUUUUCUCAGUUGAUCCGGAAAGAGUAUUAUAUGCUUUAGGUAAAUCAAAACCAAGUUUAAACAAAUCGAUUGGAAUAGACAAUAAACAAAUAAGGUAUUGGAACCAUUAUGUUAACAUGGCCAAAAAAAAUCCACAAAAAGUUUGGGAAAUGCAACAAAAUAAACCUGACUCAUUGAAUUCAAUUAAUAAUUUUGAAAGAAAAGCAAGAAAUAUGGCUAAGCAAAAAAAUUCUGAAUCCAUAAUGAAGUCCGAGCAAAAUAAAACUAAUAAGAAAUCAAUUUUAAGGAACAUUAUCGAGUUGGGAAAAUCCUCAACGGGUGAAGUCAAUGAAUCAACGUUUGAAUCAUACGGCAACAAAUUAGCACAAACGAAAUUUGUACAGGUCUAUAAAACUUUAGCAGACUCCAAAAACUCAAUCAUCAAUGACUAUAGUGAUUCAAAUUUGGAACUUUAUUUCUCAAAAGAUUCCGAGAAGAGUGUUGAGGAAAAAACUGAAUUUAGGAAAAUAAACAAUAUUUUAAGAGAGUUAGAGAAAAGUGAAUGGGAGAGAAUACGAUUGAAUUUUGAAAACUCAGGUAACGAAACGAGCAAUUAUGAUCCAUCUUAUGCUGACAAACUUACCCCCUUGAAAUCCUUAAACAAAGAUGAAAUUUUGGAAGAUGAAACAAAAGCUUUCGUGAGUCUACCUUGGCAAAAGCAUUUAUAUGGACGUAAAGAUCCGUCGAAAUCAUUUUUCACUCCAUGGACUCCAAGAGCAUUCUUAGGUGCUUUUGCUAUUUUACCAUCCCACAUAGAAAUUUCAUUCGAUACAUGUCAUGCAGUCUAUUUAAGAGAUCCAAUAGCUAGACCAGGUCAUUCAGAAGUUAUUUCACCAUUUGCUGAAAAUGUUCAUGAAAGAGCUUAUAUGUACUAUAUAAAGAAGGGAAUGUCGUAG